AUGUCAACCACAGAAGAGGGCACAUUCAAGGUGGGCAAUGCGAGCCUCUACACAAAAACCUGGACGCCCACGGGCCCCAUCGUAGCCAAGCUCAUAUUCGUCCACGGCUUCAGCGAGCACAUCAACCGCUACAACGACUUCUUCGCCAAGCUCGCCGCGCACGGCAUCCAGGUCUUCUCGUGGGACCAGCGCGGCUGGGGCCGCAGCGCGACAAAGGCCGCGGACCGGGGCCUGACCGGCCCGACGUCCCGCGUCGUCGCCGACGUGGCCGCCUUCAUCCGGGACAAGCUGCCGUCCGAGGACGCGCCGCUCUUCGUCAUGGGCCACUCCAUGGGCGGCGGCGAGGUGCUCACGCUGGCGGCGGGCGACGACGCGCAGCACCGGCCGCUGGUCACGCAGGUGCGCGGCUGGAUCCUCGAGGCGCCCUUCAUCGGCUUCUCCAAGGGCGAGGAGCCGAGCGUGGUCAAGGUCGUGCUGGGGCGGCUGGUAGGCAAGCUGCUGCCGCGGCAGCAGCUCAAGCACGUCGUUCCGCCGGAGCACCUGAGUCGCGAUCCGGAGGUCGUCGAGUCCAUCCGGAACGACCCGCUGUGCCACAACACGGGCACGCUGGAGGGGCUGGCGUCGCUGCUGGAUCGCACGGCGCUGCUUUCUUCGGGGCGCGUCAAGCUGGGCAGCGACGUGCAUUCUUUGUUCCUGACGCACGGCACCAGCGACAUGACGUGCAGCUACGAUGCGGCCGUCAAGUUCGUCAAGGACCAGGAGGCUGUUGCGGACAAGGAGAUCAAGUCGUAUGAGGGCGCGUAUCACCAGCUUCACGCGGACCACUGCAAGGAUGAGUUUGCAAAGGACGUGAUUGACUGGAUUCUGAAGCGGUCCAAGAUUGAGUCGAAGCUGUGA